AUGGGCAAGGAAACUCCACUUAUCUCUUCUCGGAGGCUCUCUAAUGCCGAAGGUGAUCCAGUCGCUGUUGUUCGCGUGCGGAAUCUGCAGACGACGAUCCAGGGACCUAAAGAUGCCUGGGGUCGAGGUUCUAAACAGCAGCCUCUGCUGAUAUCCGCAGAGGUCUCGUUGACGCAUGCAUUUCCCUCUUCGUCUUCACACGACAAGGUCGCUUCCGACACGGUACACUAUGGGCUUCUCAGUAAAUCCAUUCUCAGCACGCUGGAGAAGCUGCCCAAGUCAGCACUGUCGUUGAGUGAUAUCCUUAAUAGGCUCUGGGUUGAUCUCACAGGAUAUCUGUACACUGGAGUGAAGGAGCCCUCGGCUGAACACACAAAGGCCUUUCUCGACACAAGCCUCAUUCGUCGUUUAUCCGUCUCGCUUGUUCUUCCCAAGGCUUCGCUGAUGGGCAGUGCCAUCAAACUGUCAGGAUCCUGCCUUUUCACUGACUCCGCCAUCACUGCGCGAAGCCUGGAGUUGGGAUUGGAAGGAAUCAGGGUACCUACACUCAUCGGCGUUAACAGCAACGAGCGUAACGCCAAACAAGUCGUUAUCACAAACAUUCGAAUUGACGAGUAUGAGACCUCUCACGAUGACUACGCUGUCAUCGAAAGCAUCGUUGUCGAUGCCAUGUCAGAAUCGUCGUUCGAAACCCUCGAGGCUCUAGCAGCAAGUCUUGCUUUCCAUAUCGCCCGAGAACUCAGGACUAAGCGUGAUGAUUUCUACGGAGAGAUCAUCCGCAUCGGUCUUGAGAAGCCAACAGCUGUGCCGCUUGCCGAAGCUGCUUGCGUGGAGCUGACGGUCAGAACUGAGAAUGUGAAGAUUGAAGUCUCCAAAACCAAGGACGUCAGAUUCGAUGAUACUAGAAACAAGGUUGCAGAGGCUGGGGACGGCAUAGGAGGCAGCCCUAAGAGCCAAAAUGGCAAAUCGUAG